CACCCUCCCGCAUUGUUACCAUUGUGUUCCGUAUAAAUUUAGGCUGAAAUUAUGCUAAUAAAGCAAAAUGAAAAAUCCAGAAGCAGAGACAAUAGGGAACACACAAGAUUCCUCUUCUGAUAGAGUAGUCGAUCAAUCAUCAUCGUCAGGAUCAGAAAUGGCGGCGGCAUCCGCCAUGGACGGCGUGGCCGCGGCUGCGCUGCGGUCCGUGCUCCAGCGCGUCCACCAGGCUGCCGAGCGCUGCGGUCGUAGGUCGAACCGGAUCCGGGUGGUGGCCGUGAGCAAGACCAAGCCCGUUUCCCUCCUUCGCCAAGUCUAUGAUGCCGGCCACCGCUGCUUCGGCGAGAAUUACGUCCAAGAAAUCGUCGAGAAAGCCCCUCAGCUGCCAGAUGAUAUAGAGUGGCAUUUUAUUGGGAAUUUGCAGAGCAAUAAAGUCAAGCCGCUUCUCAAUGGUGUACCAAAUCUUGCCAUGGUGGAGUCUGUAGAUGAUGAAAAGAUCGCUAACCAUCUUGACCGUGUAGUUGGAAACAUUGGAAGAAAACCUCUGAGAGUAAUGGUCCAAGUGAACACUAGUGGAGAAGAAUCUAAACAUGGUGUUGAUCCUGCCAGUUGUGUCGAACUUGUCAAACAUGUUGCUUUGGGCUGCCCAAACCUUGAAUUUUCUGGCCUGAUGACAAUAGGAAUGCUGGAUUAUACGUCUACUCCUGAGAAUUUCAAGACAUUAGCACAAUGUCGAAGUGAGGUCUGCAAGGCACUUGGAAUAGUGGAAGAGCAAUGUGAGCUGUCAAUGGGCAUGUCUGGUGACUUUGAGCUUGCUAUUGAAAUGGGCAGUACUAAUGUUAGAAUUGGAUCUACCAUAUUUGGAGCAAGGGAAUAUCCGAAGAAACAGUCAAACUAGCUUCUUCUACGUGUCACCCAAAUCAGCCAUCACGGCAGAGCUGCUUUAGUUUCUUUGUCGUUGAAUUAAAAUAUGAGAAUUAUUUUGGCAAAUUCAUGUGGUGAUUCUUGUUUUCAAGUUUCCAAUACUGCUGCUAGCGUGUAAAACAUGAAUUAAACUGUCUUGUUUCUGAAGAUACCAUGGGGCGGUAUGUUAAAAAAUUGGUUUGCGUACAUUCCAUGUACAGAUCUUUUUGUUUGGGGAAAGGAUAAUGUUGUAUUGUAUCGAAUUUUUUGACACUUCUCAAGUCUGGUUGGCAUCUGAUUA